GUCAUUGGAGUGGAUAAAGAAGAAACGAUGGCAAGUCCAGGAUCGCACAUUGUUGUCCUUGCGUUCGUGUUGCUCAUUUCAUCAAAACUUGCAGAAUGUCACAACAUAGUUCGCUUCCUUCCUGGCUUCCAGGGACCCCUUCCUUUUCUACUUGAAACUGGUUACGUGGAAGUGGGUGAAACUGAAGCAGAGGAGCACGCAGAACUCUUCUAUUAUUUUAUCGAGUCAGAGAACGAUCCUAAAGGGAACCCUCUCCUACUUUGGCUAACCGGGGGUCCCGGUUGCUCUGCUUUCUCUGGCCUUGUCUUUGAAAUAGGUCCACUGACAUUUAAAAACGAGGAAUACAAUGGGAGCCUACCUAAUUUGACCUUGAAGCCACAAUCAUGGACAAAGGUAAGUAGCAUUAUAUUUGUGGAUCUGCCUGCGGGUACUGGCUUCUCUUAUCCCAAAACAGAACGUGCUGUUCAGCAAAGUAGCUCUAAGCUUGUUCGCCAUGCUCAUCAAUUUAUUAGGAAGUGGCUAAUUGAUCAUCCGGAAUUUCUCUCAAAUGAAGUCUACAUUGCUGGUGACUCAUACUGCGGCAUUCCUGUCCCAGUUAUUGUUCAAGAAAUUUCAAAUGGAAACGAAGGUGGUAUGCAACCAUGGAUAUACAUCCAGGGAUACCUGCUGGGAAAUCCCAUAACAACAUCAACUGAAAAAAACUAUGAAAUACCAUUUAAUCAUGGCAUGGCAUUAAUUUCAGAUGAACUCUACGAGUCACUGCAAAAGAAUUGUAGAGGAGAGUAUCGCAACAUAGACCCAAGAAACGCGUUAUGUCUAAGAGACAUGCAAUCGUACGAGGAGUCUAUUUCAGGAAUUGAAACUGGCCAUGUUUUGGCACCCCUUUGCGACGAGUCCGAUCUGCGUAAUGAUAUGGAAGUCACUUGGAGAAGAAGUUCUCUUGCUCAUAAAACCUCAGCGUUUUUCAGUCCUCGUCUCACAUUGCCACCCUUAUACUGUCGAUCUCAUGCAUAUGUCCUCUGUAGCUAUUGGGCCAAUGAUGAUAAUGUUCGCAAAGCAUUGCAUGUUCGGAAGGGAAGUAUAGGAAAAUGGACGCGGUGUAACGAUGACUUAAAAUCUAAGUUUAAUGCCGAUAUCCCUAGCAGCUUCCAAUAUCACGUAAAUCUCAGCAGAAAAGGCUAUCGUUCAUUAAUAUACAGUGGGGAUCAUGACAUGGUAGUUCCAUUCUUGGCUACUCAAGCGUGGAUAAGAUCUUUAAACUAUUCCAUCGUAUCUGACUGGAGGCAGUGGUAUUACGAUGGCCAAGUAGCAGGUUAUACAAGGACUUACUCAAAUCGGAUGACAUUUGCAACUGUGAAGGGUGGAGGACAUACAGCUCCCGAGUACAAACCUGAAGAAUGUUUAGCCAUGUUCAGUAGAUGGAUAUCUAAUAUGCCAUUGUAGGAAUACCCGACUGAGUCAAUGUGAUACAAUGCUACGGGGCAAUUGCUUUAUCCUAAUGUCAUGUCAAGAAAAACUAGCAAGUUUACUGGCCAUUUUGUCAUUCAGUGAAUCAAUGUGUAUUUCUCUCAUUAUAACAGGAAAGCUGUUGGUUUUUAGGGAAUAAAGGCAGUAAAAAAAACAAAGAAAUAAAAUUCUGGAGAAUAUAAAUAUUUUGAGAAACA